UUGUCAAAAAGUUUUAGCAACUGGCAAAAAAUACUAUUCAGCAACACAAUUAAUUAACAAAAAUGGAUUCAAUAAACGAUCAAGACAUCUCAGGCGAGCGGAGCAACGAGGAAAUUGAGUUAGAGGGUCAGUUCAUAAUGCGAGUUCCAGAGGAUCGUGCCGAGACCAUACACAAGGCCAUCCGCGAUGGAAAUGUACACAAGAAACUGAGCAUUGCAAUGAACACGGACCUGCGCCACGGCGAGGUUUGGCUGGAAGGCUCUAAGCUCCACACGAAGCUCGUCGACCUGCCCUCCACCGUGGAGAGCUAUAAGACGUCGGACAAGAAGAAAUUUUACAAGACAGCAGACAUUUGCCAGAUGCUCAUAUGCACCGAGCAGCCACAGGAACAGGAAUGCAAAUCAUCAGAUUCAGACGAGGAGACAGCCAAUAAACUGCGCAAAAGCUACUUGUACCCUCAUGGUGUUACUCGUCCCCUAAAGAACAUGCGCAAGCGUCGAUUCCGCAAGAAAAUGCUGAAGACUCCGGAAAUGCCUGCGGCCGAUGUCGCGCAGCAGUUGAAGUAUCUGCUAACCACGGACAGCCUGGCUGAAAGCUACAAAUACGAGCUCGUCGACGAGUCCGACGACAUUCAGUAGUCUGCCAGGAGACUACUCACUAUUGAUAUUAGCAAUAGCUAUUACAUU